CUUUUAGUUUCUGUUUUUGGUAUCUGCAGUGCAUGACAAGGAGUCAAAACUCAGGUGUACCGCCAUACCAAGAUAUAGGAAGACUAGAACGUGAAAUCUGGAGACUUCAAAGACAGCAACUCAUGGCCGACCAACGAAACCCGCGAGACGGAGAUCUUGGUCCGCAACACCAACAAGUUCCAGCCCUAGACGAGGACGGAAAGCCCUUACACGAUGAAGAUGGCAACCCCAUCUAUGAACCGCAAGAAGAAAGACUCGACCCGCAAGAUGGCCGAGAUCGUAAUCAACAAGCUCCUCCGGAAGCUAAUCCUCCAGGCGUGGGAGAUAACCUAAAUCUUCUGCAGCCCGCUAAUGUUGUCAAUGCCCAACAUCCUCUUAAUGUUACCGCAAGACAUCCCGCUUAUGUUCCUCCUUUGGGAUUCAGAAGUUUUUCUUAACUAUGAGAGCAACUAUGGAUAUAUAAAAGUUGAAGACUUGAAGAAGUUUUUAUUGUCACACAAAACCCUUUGGUAUUUCAUAAUGAAUCUUACCAAAUCAU